CCCGUAUUUGCACUUGUCCCUUGCACGCAGUGUCCGUAAUUCCGCCGUUUAUUGAUCGUGCUCGAAAUCCCAUUACCAAUCUGUAUUUUUGUGUUUUAAUUAUCGUGUUUUAAGUUUUGUGUUAUCAUCAUGUCUAAGCCAGCCGUCACCACCAGAAUACCGCACUUCUUCUCCAACAUCCCACAGAAAACCGGCGCCCCCGUCAACGCCGCCCCCAACACCACAACCGCCACCGCCCCCGCCAAGCCGCCGCUGACCGCCAAAGACAUCGGCAGCCGCGUCAAGGUCGGCGAGAAGCACGGCGUGCUGCGCUUCGUCGGCCACGUGAACUUCGCCAAGGGCACGUGGUGCGGCGUCGAACUGACCGCCGACCUCGGCAAGAACGAUGGCAGCGUCAACGGCGUGCGGUACUUCGACUGCGCACCGGGCUGCGGCUUGAUGGUACCGCUGUGCAAGACCGCGUUGGAUUGCGACAAGCCGGACGACGCGUCCGGGCCCUAUUCCAUGCUGUUUCUGGACAACAGGCACAGGGCGGAGCAGAACACGUUUUCGGUCGACCAGCUGGACGGCGGCGCCAAGGAGGACUUCGGCUACUUCGGGGCGAAGAGGAGGAAGAUCAAUACGGACGUCACUUACCCGUAUCCGGUUACCACUUUGGCCAGCUCUACACCCACUAAAACGGUGAAGCCGGCUGAUCUGUUUGUGAAGUGUAGGAUUAGUGAUAUAUAUCCGGAUGAGGAUGAUAGAAGUAAAAGGAGCUCGUUGGAUUAUGAAGAGUCUCUUGGUAUCUUAACACCUGAUCAGAUGACCGACGGGUACUUGAAUGAAGCCAUUGAGAACUCCCAGAACACACCUUUACACAUCAAUACUAUUUAUAUGAGUGAAACUACUUAUAAUCUUCUUACUGAGAAGCGGAAUCAAAAAACUGAUUUAAAUCAAGACGAAGAGUUCAAAACCAACAGUCUUGACAGUACUUUUGUUAACAAACAAGAAAGUGAUAACAAUUUAACAAUAACAAACGCAAACGCUGAUUAUUAUUGUAACAAACUGACCAGCGAAACCUUCAAGUGUCCAAGUCCAAACGAAAGACUGGAAGAAACCUUCAAACUCCAAGAGGAAGGCCUCAACGAAACCAUAGUAAGAAACAGUCGCAGGGGCAGCCAUCAAAAUUGUACCGACCUAAGCUUAGGAAUACUGAGCGACACGUUGAUCAACAAGUGCGACACCUCCAAGUACUUGUGCAUGACCGACCCCACCUUCAAACUGACGGAGGAAACCGCCAACCCCGAAGUCCAGAGUCCCAACCUUGUCGACGCCAGCGUAACGGAAUACAGCCUGGGCCUGCUGGACGAACAUCUACUCUCAAACCUGUCCGUACCGCCGGACACGAUGAACCUGGCACUGCCUCUAGAAAACGUGACAGCCUCCAAAGACUUCCGGCUCAGCCGCAUCGAACAGACCCCGUCGCCGGAAGACCUGCCCCUGGACCCGACCCCGGUGGUCGCCGAAGUCGACCUGAAGGACCCCUCGAAGGCGAAGCCCAACAGUUUCAUCACCAGCAUCACCAGCAUCACCAGCUUGGACACGGGCUAUCAGGGUGACGGGGAGAUGUCGCGUCCCGCCAGCAGAGCGGCCGACAGCUCACCCCUGACGAGGAGGCCGCAACCCAAGCCGCAGAACCACAGGCAAGACCCCAUGACCGACUCGGACUUCUACACGGAGAGCGACGCCGACAACUACGAGGAACAACACCUUAAGGGUGACAGGAAGGCUCAGGUGAUCGACGGGACUUUGUACGGGGUUGACGCCCAGGCGGCCGCCAGCAUUUACGCCAACAACCGGGAGACCAUGGACUCCAGUGGGGUGUUCACGGACGUGGAGACCAACACCAGGGCCGAAACGAACGACACCUUCGACGUCACACCUUCCGACACAUCCACCAAAACGGUGUCGGAGAACAGCCAAAGCAACCUGCAGCUGAAGGUGCCCAACAAGCCCGUCGUCCCUAAAGAAAACACCAAGAAACGGGUCAUCUCCAGCCCGGCGGCGGCCAGCCCCACCAACGUGAAGACCCCCAAGUCGGGCAGCAACAUGGAAAACGCGUCGAAGAAGUACAAGAUGCCGAAGCGCGACGUCGCCUCCAAGGUGAAGGCGAUGAUGUCGCCGAAUCAGAAUCCGAACGUCGAGAAGAAGAGCGUCAAGAAAACCGUGGGACGGUGGGACGCGGUCAUGGACAAAAUCUCGAAGAACGAACAGAACAAGAGCAACCUGAAGGACGUCAAAUCGAAAGUGUAUGUGACCAACGAGAACAAUAAGACGAUGGAGAGCAACAAGCUGAACGUGCGACAGAGCCCCAAUCAAAAGACGCCGAACACAAAAUUGAGACGAGUUAAAUGUCAAAAUUUAAUCGGGAAUCAAUUGUCGGUGGAAGCCAACAAGGAAAACGUGGGAUUAAAGAGAAAUACACCUUUGAUUAAAACCAACGAAAGAAACUCAGUUUUUGACCGUUUGUAUAUGAGGAAACCUAAUCCGAAAGCAAACGCAGUUAAACCGAGUAUAGACAAUCGUAAAGAAAUUAAAACAAAUGAAACCAAUUUGCGCAGAACCCGAAUCAUAAGGACCAACUUCAAUUUGGAAAGCAUUCACAGCUCUUUGAGCGACGUCAGUUCGACUCAAUUAUCAAAGAAAGCUAGUGAGAAGAAGAAGCAAAUUAACCAAACGAACGAUGCCAAGACGAAGAAGUACACAGCUUCUUCGAAGGAGAAGAAACCGGAAUCCCCGAAGAUUCUGGACAACAGGAACAACGCAAAAUCGGAACGGCAACUGAUCGUGGGACCUUCGAAGAGGAGCCAGACCACCUUUAACGACGACCACAGGACGGUCGAGGCCCUUGCCAUACUCAUUCAGCACUUGGUCUUUCACGGUGAGGCGUUUUCUGUUCCGACAUUGAAGAAUCAAAUUAAGUCGACCAGGAGAGAAGUGGAGGAAUGGAAGAAGUCGUAUUCUCAGCUGGAGGAGUCGAUAAACGAAGAGAAGUCGCGACACUUGCAGACUUUGGAAGACGAAAGAAGAUUGUACAAACAAAUCACAGAAUCUCUGAAGGAGAAACAUGACACAAUCGUUUCCGAACUGAAUCAAAAACAUGCACAACUGGAAGCCUCACUCACAUUCGAGAAGGACAACCUCGCCAAACAAUUAAAAAAGCAACAGGACGAACAACUGUUGACGUUAAAAAGUGAGUUCUCGAAGCUCGAGAAGAACUACGCCGAACGCCUGGACAUACUGCGCGAAGAAAACGAGGCGAUAUGGAAGCAAAUCGACGAGAAGAACGCCGAAAUCGAGGCGGCCGUCGAGAAGGCGUGCAAAAUAAGGGCGGACUACGAGAGCAGAGAGGCGGAACUGAAGAAGAAACUCAGCGACGCGUGCGCCGAGAAUCGACGAUUGAGCGAAACGAACGCCAAACUGGAGGAGUCGAUCAGGAACAGCACGGAGUCGGUGAGCGAGGAGAACCGGAAGCUUCGCGAGGAAAACGACCGGCUUCUGAGUUAUGGGGAUGAGAAGGGGAUUGGCUUACAGGAGGUGCAGUCGUUGCGGGCUGUUUUGGAGUUGAAGCAGAACGAAGUCGGACAGCUAAGAAAGCAAUUAGCUGAAGCUACUCAAAAAUUAGACAUUCUUGUGAACGCUGAAGAACGUGCCAACUUCCUUAAUGCCAAAUGUGAAGACCUGAAGUCUCAGCUACAAAGAAAACAGGAGUUUGAACAGAGUGUUGUUAAUGAAAACAGCAAGCUACAAGAAAGCUUGAAGGAAGAGGUGAAGCAGAAGGCCAGACUCAGCCAGCACAACGAAGAAUUACAGUGGAAGCUAAAACAGAACAAAGAAGUCAUUAAUAACAUUUUGGAAAUGAAGGAGUCCCCCUUAAGUCGGUCGCUUUUGAACUCCAGCCUCAACGAGAAGCACUCAGCCUCGAGGCACAGUUUGGAGAGAAGCUUCUCGUUCAGGGAGCACUCCUACAACAGCGACAACCGCAGCCGACGCUACAGGACGUCGCAGGACUUCAACGAGGACGACUCGCCACCCCCGUCGCCGAAAGUUAAGGGAGUGGUGGCCAAGUCGGACUCCGUCAGUUACGUGCUGGACCUGGACGACAGUCCGGACAUCGUGGCUUCUCGCAUAGUGAGGAGGAGCUUCCGCAACUCCACGUCGCCGAAGACGACGCCGACCAAGUCGCCCACCAACAAGACACCCAAGAACCCGUUGAGCACGAGCAGUUCGACCAGUUCGAUGACCAAGUCCAGGAACGACCCGUUCAACAACGUGUUCGUGUGGUCGAGCUCGCCGAAGCCGAACAAACUGGACGACAAUUCGGACUUCGACGAGGAGAACGACGACAUCCUGCUGCCCGCGUUGCCCAGCGAGCUGAACAGGCAGGGAUCGGUGCAGGCGUUGCCCAGUCCGAAGCACCUGGCGGGCGAGGCGAUGAUCUCGGAGAGCGCCUCGGAGGACGAGAGCACCAGCUCUUCGCAGUUGUGAUUCGUUUGGACUCAGCGGUUUAUGUUAUGGGAGGAAAUGUAACUAAUAAUUAGUAAAUUUUUUAAAAUGAAUAACUGAAAUGAUUAAUUAUUAUGUCUUUUGUUUGGAGGCAACACUUCCACUCAUUUGUUUGGUCUGUACAUAACUCAAACCACUUUCGUUUUGUAUAUAGCUACAUUAUUAAGUCGCUUCGUCAUAUUAUCCAAUUUAUGAUUUUAUUUUCUUACAAAUAACAUGUGUUUUAUUAUAAAUGACCUGUUCUAAAUUAGAAUAAUCAUUAAUUUUAAUAAUUAAUAUGAUUGCGAUCGGUUGUGUGUAUGUUUUUUAAGAUUUUACGUAGUGUUGAUAUAAAAUUACAAUAAAAAUACCUUGUUACACAAGUUUGUGAUUUAGUUUGUAAUAUAUAUUAUAUAAUGUGUAGAGUUUACUGAAAGAUUUUUUGAAUAUUUUACAUCUUUCUACUAGUGUCUUUGUAGCAUGUCUACGCCAAAUCCGUUUCAAGUCGAUUAUCUUGGCACAAACGAACUGAAUUUGAAUCUGGAAAGAGAAUGUUGUAUAGUUUUGUAUGGUUGAGGUUUCGUGAUAAGAUAUUUGACUUAGUUGUGAUUUAUGAAUGAAAAUGUUAAUAUUCCUUAUUCAGUAUUACUAAUCUAACCAAUAUAUUUUAUAGAGAACAUUGUUUUGUUUGUUGUUAUUUUGUUUACUUUAUUAGUAAUUUAUUUGUAUUCAUAUUAAAUGGAGUAGUGGUUUAAAAUUUAUAUAAUAAGACCAACUAGAUAACCAAUGUUUACAAUUUAUCAGAUGUAUACUUACUUGCAACUGUUUCAAUAAAACUGAUUUAAAAAUA